AUGCCUCAACAGACCGUCUAUCGACUCCCCACCAGAAACGCCAUUGAGGAUAUCACUUGCAACCAUGAAGAUAUUCCUAAACCUCUCAGCCAUGAAGUCUUGAUCAAAGUUCGUGCCAUCGCGCUCAAUUCGAGGGACUGCCAGAUCGCUACAUCAAAAUAUCCUUUCCCCAUCAAAGAGAAUGUCGUCCCAGGAUCCGACGCUGCUGGUGACAUCGUGGAAGUUGGUGAUUUAGUGAACGACUUUGCGAAAGGAGAUCGAGUGGUCGUUUGCUUUGACCAGACCAGGCUGUAUGGGCCGUCCACCCACCCCGUUGCUGGUCAAUCUGGCGGCGGCGUGGAUGGUGUGAUGGCCCAGUAUAUCACACGGCCAGCAUCCGCUGUUGUUAAAAUCCCACCCGGAUCUCCUCAAACGUAUAGUGAGCUGGCAACACUUGUGUGUACUGGAGUCACAGCCUGGAAUGCUCUGUACGGAAAUAAGCCAUUGGUGCCUGGCCAAGUCGUCCUGGUUCAAGGCACUGGCGGUACCUCCAUGACUGCCUUAGUUCUAGCUAAAGCCGCCGGCGCGAUGACAAUUGUUACCUCAUCCAGCGAGGAAAAGCUGAAAUUCGUCAAAGAAAAGUUCAACCCGGACUGGUGCAUCAACUACUCCAAGACACCUGACUGGGGAGCAGAGGCUAUGCGACUUACUGGAGGGAAAGGUGUCGAUCAUAUUGUGGAAAUUGGUGGCGCCGGAACUAUCGAACAAAGCUUGUCGGCGGUCGCACGAGGAGGUGUGAUCAGCAUCAUCGGUUAUCUUGCCCAAGGUGACCCCAAAAUGACAGCCGAUAUUCUUAUUCUCGCUCUUGGGAAAGAAGCAGUCUUGCGUGGCUUAAUUGUUGGUCCUAAGAGCAUGCUGGGCGAACUGGUAACUUUUACGUCGAGGAGGCAGUUGAGAUUCUACGUCGGCAAGGAGUAUGGUUUCACUCGGGAUGAGGUUUUGGCUGCAUACCAUGCAGUCGGGUGUGGAAAGUACAUCGGAAAAAUUUGCAUUGUUGUUGAGUGA